AUGACCCUGCAUAGCCGACGACGACCCAGCCUGGUCCCCAUGCUAACAGCACACCAUCGCCAACAUUGCCUGAAAUGGCCCCAAUAUCAUUGUGAUUUGGCCGUGGAUGGUCAGAGGAAAGUGGGCUCAUCUAACGACAAAAAAAUCCUGAUCACUUCAGGCAAGAAACUACGCCCUAUCAAUGGUCUGAAUGGUGGUCUGGUUACUGGUGUAAAUGGUGUUAACCCUGUUCUGGUGGGUGGUCUGAAUCCACCCGUGCUUGCUGGUGGUCCUGCAGUUAUAGGACAGCCACCAUUAACACAGAUCUUGCCGCCAGCUGCGCUCCCCCCAUAUGUGUUUCAGCCAUCACCUGUGGGUGGCCCGCUCAACGGUGGACCUCAGUUUGUUUACCCUUACUUUCCUUCUAAUGGGGGGUUUCCGUACUACAUUGGAGGACCCCAAAAUCAACCAGCCAUAAUUCCUCCUCAGCAGCAAGCUGGACAGAGUCCUUCUGGAAAUACUCAGGCUGCACCACAAGGGCCACUGACUAUAAGAUUUAAGCGUUCAUUCUUCAGACGAUUCACUACAAGAGCUCCUGUCUCAGUCACCCAGAUGGCAGCUCAGGUGAACCCUACUGUGCCUGGAACAACUGUUGGGCACUUUCAAGACAUCGCUUUUCAGCAGAAAAACUGCUAAAAUAACAACAACAAUUAACCUAUUAAAAAAGUCUUCUUUAUAUAAGUGAACUUAAUGCAUUUAAGUCAUUGUUAUUGUAUAAUGCUUUUUUCUAAACAUUUCUAACACAUCUAAUGAAUGUUUAUAUAGAAUAAUUGAAUAGUCUAUAUAAAACAAAUGUCAUUUUUUUGUCCACACCUAACUGAAUAUUUUUUUGAAAGUUAUGUGCCAUGUUUAUAUAUGUAACUCAUAAGGUGCUAUUAAACAUUUUAAAUGACAAACUCAAAACAGUCUGUGAAGUAUCAAUU